CUUUCCCUCAGGCCGUGGUUGCCUCCCCCCGGCCGUGUUAUGGUGUUCAUAGAUACUGUAGCUUCCAGCAUACGGCUAGUGCUGUUGUCCUAGUUAGGUCUUAGAUUUCUGAGACUAAAGUUCAUAUUCAGCUGUAACUAGUUAAUCAAGAUGCAUUUCUGCAGUUGGCGGAGUGUUGUCGCAGUCAUCUGGUUCCUGCCUUCCAGCCAGUCGAAAUCAGUGCCACACCAGGAUUUACUUCUUCGUAUGGGGGAGUCCUUACACAUAGAAAUACCGGAUGAUGACCAAUGUCUGGUGUCAAACUUCAGUGUACGCACCGAGAAAAUUGGCGGAGUGUUCGAGUAUAGCAAGAAGCUGUCCGAGUUGAAUGUGGAUCCACAUUAUAAGAACAGGAUCCAGUUGAAGAAUGACACCAACGGCCGUGCUGUUGUAAUUUGGAAUGUAUCCAAAGAAGAUGAAAAGCCAGACUAUUAUGAGUACUGUGCUUUGCCUACCAUUCUAAAGACAUUUAAGAUUACAAGGAGUACUGAGAGUUCAAUCACCACUGCAGCCCCCGAACCAUCUACAACCACACCAGGAGGUAGCACUGAGACUUCAACCAUCACAGCAGCCCCCCAACCAUCUUCAACCAAACCAGGUCUACCUGAGGAACAUCUGGCUUGGCUGGUAUGUCUAGGCGUAGUAGCAGCAGCAGCAGCAGCAGCAGUAGUAUGGGUCAGGAAUCGUAAAAGCAAAAAGUUGAACGAAGAACCUCCCUCGGCCGAGCUCCAAGUUCUAAAUCAAAAUGCAUCAAUGGACAAAGCAAAACAGCAGAAUGAUGAAAAUGAUGUCUUAGUCUAGCCAGCCUUAGUAACAAUGAUUUUGCCCUGUCUGCAGGCUUGCGAUGAGUAUUUCUAAUCAAUCAAAGUAAACUCGGGCAUGUUUUUUGCUGGUCUGCUCCGG